AUGAAUCCCAACCUACAUCGACCUUCGCCGGAGCAGUUGGCAGCUAGGCAAGUAAUGCCCCGAGAUCUGCCGGAGUUUUCUGGCGAUCCAGAGGGAUGGCCUAUUUUUUAUAGCAGUUUCCACAAUUCUACGGCGGCAUGUGGGUUUAACCAUAUUGAAAACCUUGCACGGUUACAGCGGUGCUUGAAAGGCAACGCGCUGAAGUCAGUUCGGUACUACCUGCUUUCGCCGGAGUCAGUACCAAACGUAAUGGAGACUCUCCGUACCCUGUAUGGUCGCCCGGAAAUCAUCAUAAACAAGUUGAUCCAAAAUGUACGUGAAACGCCGGCGCCUAAACCUGAAAAGUUGGAUUCGUUGAUCGAUUUUGGGAUUUCGAUUAGAAAUCUGGCUCAACAUCUCAUCGCGGCAGGUCAACAAGCACACCUGUCGAACCCGGCGCUUCUCCAAGAGGUGGUGGAAAAGCUACCAGCAAACGUCAAGCUGCAAUGGGCACAACAUUUGAUGUUUCAGCCAGAAGCCAGUUUGCGUACCUUCAGCGAUUUCAUGGGAACGGUGGUAGAAUCUGUUAGCAAGGUAGUGAUAUACACCCCUAACCAGCACGCUAGAAGCGAGAAAUCCCACAACAGAGAUAAAAGCUUUGUACACACGCACUCCGAGAAUAAAACGACGUACCCAGUAAAGGGGAGGUUUGAAAAUGAGAAGCCAUGCCUGUUCUGUAGGAAAGUUGGCCACCGCUUGAAAAAUUGUACGAAAUUCCAGCAACUCUCGGUCGACGAUCGUUGGAAAAACAUACAAAUGUUGAAAGUGUGCCGCAGCUGUCUCAACCCCCACGGUCGCCGUACUUGCAGAGUCUCGAGCCGAUGUGGAAUCAACGGUUGCGAAUUCCGUCAUCAUCCAUUACUCCAUGGUAAGCCUGAAGUAGCGCUUAAACCGCUUGUUUCGACAACUGAAAAUCACGUUUACCACCACUGCGGACAAUCAAUUCUGUUCCGAAUCGUUCCGGUAACACUGCACGGAAAGUCCAAGUCUGUUACUGUGUUCGCCUUCUUGGAUGAAGGUUCUUCUUUGAUAGAACAAAGUCUGGUUAGAGAACUGGUAGUUGAAGGACCGAUAGUACCACUAUCCUUCCGAUGGACCGCUAAUAUGACGAGGACAGAGGAUGAAUCGCAGAUCGUUUCACUGGAAGUCUACGAAAUGGGUAAGAAUAAACGGUUUCAACUCAUGAACGUGCACACUGUAGACUGCCUGAAUUUACCGUCUCAAACCUUGCGCUUUGCCGAACUGCAAGAAGAUCAUCAUCAUUUGAAGGGCCUGCCUGUUCGAAGUUACGAGGACGUCACACCAAAGCUGUUAGUUGGCCUACGAAAUCUGCAACUAGCUGUUCCGCAGAAGAUCAAGGAGGGAAAUAGCGGCGUUGUAGCUGCGAAAACUCGCUUAGGAUGGUGCGUUUACGGAAGCCUGGACAAAUCAAGGGACGCAGAUGAGUUCAGUUACCAUGUGUGCGAGUGCGAAGCCGAUGAGAGACUGGAUUAUAUGAUGAAAGAUUAUUUUAACGCCGAAGACUUUCCAGCUGGAUCCCAGGGAAUACUAGAGUCUAGGGAAGAAGCGAGGGCUAGACGAAUAAUGGAGGAAACAACGCGUAGGAUUGACAAUCGCUUCGAGACUGGUCUGCUGUGGAGAUCCGACUUCGUAGAACUACCCGACAGUUAUCCCAUGGCUCUUCGACGUUUAGAGUGUCUUGAGAGGCGAAUGGCACGAGACCCGCUCCUUAAGGAAAACAUCCACCGUCAAAUUAGCGAAUACCAGGAAAAAGGGUAUGCCCAUCGAGCGACCAAAAGCGAGCUGUUGAAAGCUGAUCCUAGACGGAUAUGGUAUUUGCCAAUAGGUGCUGUUUGUAAUCCAAAAAAGCCGGGAAAGACUCGAUUAAUAUGGGAUGCAGCAGCAAAGGUCGAUGGUGUAUGUUUGAACUCCGCUCUUUUACCUGGGCCCGACCUACUUGUUCCACUUCCUUCCGUGCAGUUUCGCUUCCGACAGUAUCCGGUGGCGGUGAGCGGUGACAUCAGAGAGAUGUUUCACCAAGCGAGAGUUAUAGAACGAGAUCGUCCGGCACAGAGUUUUCUUUUCCGUGAUAAUCCUAAAGAUGAGCCCACCGUUUUCAUUAUGGACGUCCUCACCUUUGGAGCCACAAGUUCCCCGUCAUCCGCUCAAUUUGUAAAAAACCGCAAUGCGGAUGAAUUCGCCGAUCGGUAUCCACGAGCAUCGGAGGCGAUUCGUAAGUGCCACUAUGUUGACGACUACCUGGAUAGCUUUGAGUCGAUCGACGAGGCGAAAGCGGUAGCAGGCGAAGUCAGGUGGAUCCACUCAAAGGGCGGAUUUGAAUUGAGAAAUUGGGCCUCGAACCAACAAGGCGUCCUGGAGUAUCUAGGAGAAACACCAAAGCAAGGCGUCAAGGACCUCGCCUUGAAAACUGAUACUGAACGCGUUUUGGGAAUGCUAUGGCAUACGGAAGAAGAUGUUUUGAAAUUUUCUAUGACGUUCCGAGAGGAAAUCGCAACGCUUAUCAACACCGGUGAAAGAUCAACGAAGCGUCAAGUAUUAAAGUGCAUAAUGAGCCUCUUCGACCCUUUAGGCCUGCUGGCUGGUGUACUCGUUCAUGGGAAGAUAAUGAUGCAGGACAUCUGGAGGAGUGCGAUUAAGUGGGAUGAAUGCAUUGAUGACCAAAUCUACGAGAAAUGGGCGAAGUGGGUUGAGUUGCUGGUACUAGUUAACGAAGUCCGAGUUCCACGGUGCUACUUCGAUAAAGCGAGCGCCGAUAUCUACGAUACUUUGGAUGCCCACGUUUUUGUGGAUGCAAGCGAAGCAGCAUAUUCCGCAUUGAUAUACUUUCGUGUAAUUGGAUCAGAAGGGGUAGCUGAAUGCGCUUUGGUAUCGGCCAAAACAAAAGUUGCUCCGUUGAAAUACGUAUCGAUCCCUCGAUUGGAGUUGAUGGCUGCAGUUCUAGGAGUUCGACUUCUUGCAUUCGUGCGUGAAAAUCAUACCGUCAAGAUCAAUCGUUGCAUCUACUGGUCUGACUCUGAAGUAACGUUGGCGUGGAUUCGGUCGGAACAUCGGAGAUACCGUCCAUUUGUAGCAUGCCGCGUGGGAGAGAUCUUAUCAGCGACCAGCGUCAAAGAAUGGAGAUACGUCCCGAGCAAACUCAACGUCGCCGACGAUGCUACGAAGUGGAGUGUUGAAUCAUGCCCCAAACUAUCGGGCCGCUGGUUUAAUGGACCACCGUUUUUACGACAGUCCGAGAUAAUGUGGCCUAAACAGAAAAACAUCGAUACUACGAAUGAGGAGCUUCGAGCGUGUUUCCUGCACCAAGAUGUAUCAACACUGCGCAGUCCUAUAAAGUUUGAACGGUUUUCCAAAUGGGGUCGACUCUUGCGAACAACUGCCUACGUUAUACGAUUCAUCUCAAAAUUAAGACGCAAAGAAAUAACCGAAAACUGCUCUAAUUCGAACCUGAAGACUGAAGAACUACAAGCAGCAGAGGUGAUGAUCUGGAAGCUGGUUCAAGCGGAGUCCUAUGGUGACGAAGUGAUAGUCCUUUCCAAGAAUAAGAAGCUUCCGAGAGAUAAACAAUUGGGACUUGAGAAAACAAGCCAACUAUGGAAUCUAACGCCAAUAAUGGAUGACAAAGGCGUACUAAGAGUGGACGGGCGCAUUGCCGCGGCGAGAGUAUUGGCUGUCGACGUUAAGUUUCCUAUAAUACUACCGAGGAAGCAUCACGUUUCCCUUCUGCUUCUCGACGAUUACCAUAGGAGAUUGCUACAUGGAAAUUAUGAAACUGUAGUCAACGAAGUGCGCCAACGUUUUCACAUUCCCAGACUACGAACAACGGCGCGAAGUGUGGCAGGUCGCUGUCAGUGGUGCAAAGUGUACAAAGCUCGUCCGGUGGUUCCAAUGAUGGGUCCACUUCCAGCCGCUCGUCUGUCACCAGGUGUGCGCCCGUUUAGCUAUGUUGGCAUCGACUAUUUCGGGCCAAUCUUAGUGAAAGUAGGUCGUGCCGCAGCAAAAAGAUUGUUUUGUUUGAUAACGUGUUUAACAAUACGUGCUGUACACGUUGAAGUAGCAUUCGACCUUUCGACCAAAUCCUGCAUCGCAUGUAUCCGCCGUUUUGUUUGCCGACGAGGAGCGCCAGUUGAAAUAUAUUCCGACAAUGGUCGGAACUUUACCGGAGCGGAUCGCGUGUUACGGGACCAAAUCGAGAACAUCGAGCUAAAUGCAGCGACGACCUUCACGAAUACGACAACGAAGUGGUUGUUCAUACCGCCAUCUGCUCCCCAUAUGGGAGGAUCAUGGGAACGCAUGGUGCGCUCCAUCAAGAAUGCUAUGACUACCAUGCCUCAGAACGAAAAGCUAGACGAUGAAGGAUUACAGACCCUUAUAGUGGAGGCAGAAGCGGUAGUUAACUCUCGUCCACUGACUUACUUACCGCUGGAUUCAGCAGAACAAGAGGCGCUAACGCCCAACCACUUCAUCCUAGGCAGUUCAACUGGAGUGACACAACCUACAGCGAAGUUGGAAGAUGGCGUAAAACUGGCUCGAGGAUCCUGGAGCUUGAUUCAACGCCGCAUUGACCACUUUUGGAGGCGUUGGGUACUGGAGUAUUUGCCGACGCUUACAAGGCGUGUGAAGUGGAUGCAAGAAACGAAGCCGGUACAGCCUGGAGAUCUGGUGAUCGUAAUCGAUGAGUCAAAAAAAUGGCUGGGUACGUGGACGUAUCCUGGAUGUAAUCGCAGGCAGGGACGGACGGAUUCGGCAGGUAUCAGUACAAACCUCUUCGGGACUAUUCAGGAGGCCGGUGUCCAAAGUAGCAGUACUCGAUGUAGCUGA